CUUGUUGUUCUUCGCCACCGCCUUAUUCCUCCCCCCGAUAUCCCCCAUCACCCCCCUCCCCCUCCCUCACGCCUCUCUUGACAAUGUCCGACCCGCCCCUCAACCUCGCCGGCGUCCCGCACGUCGACGACGCUCUCAUCGAUCCCCAGCUGGCAGCAGAAGCCUUCUUCGAUGGCAAGUUUGACCCAGACCUCGCGGCUGCCGCCGUCGCGGCCGCACAGCCACAGUAUUCCGGUGGCGACUUUCAGAUCGGUGUCGACGUCAACGUCGGUGUCCCGAACAUGCAGGGCAUCGGCGUGGACAUCGCCCAGCCCAUCCUCAACGGCGGGUUAGACGGCCAGCCCGCGCCUCCACAGGCCCAUGCGCACCAGUCCCAGGCUCAAAACCAGAGCCAAAACUCCAACCACGAGAUGCAGCACCAGAACCAGACCCAGAACCAGAACCAGAGCCAGGGCCAGAACGCUCCGACAGAGGGUGUGCACGUGCCCGUCAGCGUCAACAUGUCCGCGUCCCACAUGGCCCCCUUCAGUCGUCCGCACCGGGACGACAGCACAGCGCACCCCGAGCUGCUGAGCUUCACGAACCGCGCCGAGUUUGAUGUGUGGUUCGAGGGCGAGAGCAGCUGGUGCCACUUCGUGCAGCGGCGGACGACGACGCCGGAGAAGCGUGCGGAAGAGCGGCUGCGCGCGCGCAUCAAAGCGCACGAACGCAUGCUCGCCACCAUGAGCCCCGAGGAGGCGGCGAGCGCGCCGCCGCUCAAGCGCCGCCGCCGCAACCGCACCUCGAACAUCAAAGAGAAAGUCACGUUCACGUGCCACCAUGCAGGGCGGUAUGAGGCCAAGCACAGCACGACGCUGCCGCGCGAAAAGCUGCGCCUGAACACGAAGAAGAGCGUCAAGUGCGACUGCCCCGCGCGCAUCGUCCUCACCGAGCUCGACGAGGGCGAGUGCAAGGUCUCCUACUUUUGGCGGCACGAGGGACACGACGCGUACGCCGACGACGAGCUCGAGUCCGGCCGCCUCCCCAAGGUCAUUGACGAGUGGCUCGUCGCGCAGAUCCAGGCCGGCAAGGACACGGACGAGAUCCGCCGUGCCCUCAUGAUGCCCGAGGACGAGAAGCAGGCCUACCUCCGCCAGAUUGCCGAGGACCCUGCUUCGGUCGACCCGGCCAAGCCCCCGCCGCUCGCCCUCACCCUCCGCAUCAAGUAUCCAGACAUCUACAACCGGUACCGCAAGCUCAAGGGGCCCAUCAAGGAGUUCAAGCCGCCCAAGCAUCCGCGGGCGCGCAAGCGCACGGACGAGAAGGACAUGGAUCUCGCCACGAAUAUGAGCAACGGAUUGACAAAUGGCCUCGACAUGGCAAACGGCAUGGACGGCGUCGACCCCGGCCCGAGCUACCAGCUCAACGCGGAUAAUAUGGUCGAUGGGUUCGCGGCACUGCGCGAGGCCAUCGAUAACAACAUCUCGGACCCCUUCGGGGGGCACGAGCACCUGGAGCGCGCAUUGCUGGCACUGCCGCGCGGCGUCGACCAGAACGACGACACGGAACUCAGCGACGCUAUGAUGCGCAUGGCUGAGGCCCAGCAGAGCGAUGACAAGAGUCGCGAAGUGUGGGCUGGCGUUGGGUUGGAGUGAGCGGCUCGAGCAACGAUCGAUGGCCGACAAGCAGGUUUGCCUCAUCACUGCAACCGCUCUCCUCCCAACCGUCAUUAUCACAUCAUCGCUCCCACCGCACUACACCUAAUCGUCUGUCGCUAAUCUACCACCACCUCCACCACCUCCGCCACCACCACCCACCGCCGCUGUUUGACUGCGAGCUGCACCCAAUUCUCUCUUGUGUGCGUGUGAGACCGGCGUGUGACCCUGUCCGGCCAGAGGCUGUCGCACCCACAUACUCUACUAAAAGCGACCCGAUCCUCUUGCGCCGUCCGACCAAAAUGUGACAUAACUGUAUGAUUGUAGGAUAUAUGUAUGUAGCUGGCGCAGAUCUGGACACUACUUGUCGCCGCCGAUGUUGAAACCCUUGAACUCGUCCU